UGGUAUGAGUUGGGAAAACAAACUGCAGACACCCUCCGGUACUUCCUCACCCUGCAUCAGUUGAGUUUCCCCGCGGCUCCUUGUCAGCUCCGCCGUGCGUAAUUGCUCAGAAAUCGAGUUGCGCCUCUUUUUUCUCUCCAACUGUAGGACUGCGCGCUGGCUGUUGCGCACAGUGCCACCAGGAGCUACUGGCAACAUCUCCGACCAGCACUACUUUGAUUUUUUUUUUUAUAUAUCAAAUGGGGGGAGCAGACUGCACCAGUGAGAGCCAAACGCCGACAGCUCUUUGAAACAGGCAAGCCCUUCAGGAUCCGUCAUGUUCUAGUGACAGACGGCAGUUGUAGAGUAAGAAGAAAACUACACACAGUGACAAGCAUGAGCGGCGGAGAGAUCCUCUUCCAGGGCUGGCUGAGAAAGUCACCACCAGAGAAAAAACUGAGGAGAUAUGCAUGGAAGAAGCGUUGGUUCAUACUUCGCAGCGGCCGCAUGAGUGGUGACCCCGAUGUUCUUGAGUACUACAAGAACGACCACUCCAAGAAACCCAUCCGGGUCAUCGACCUGCACUGCUGUGAGCAGGUGGAUGCCGGCCUGACCUUUAAGAGGAAGGAGUUCCAGGACAGUUUUGUUUUUGACAUCAAGACCUCAGACCGCACUUUUUAUCUUGUAGCUGAGACUGAAGAGGAGAUGAACAAGUGGGUCCGCUCCAUCUGCCAGCUGUGUGGGUUCAACCAGUCAGACGAUAACCAUGAUGGCAGGUUACACCAUAUGCCUCGUUCUGUAGGACCAGAUGUCACCGGCUCAAUGGCUCCUCUGACCGGAGAACGCAAGUCCUCUGCCCCCAUCCACUCCAGCCAGCCGGUCCUCUUCACCUUUGAUGUGCCUGUACGCCACUCACACCACGGCUCCCUUUCCAACAGUGCACCUCAGGACUACCUCCUCCUCCACCAGUGCAUGAGCAGGAAGACGGAGAGUACACGGAGUGCCAGCUUUUCCCAAGCCACACGCAGCAAUCUGUUUAUGGGGAGCGACUCUGCAGUCCAGAAACUCACACAUGGCUUUUCCCACUGUCUGAAUGGCAUGGGUGCUCAGCUGCAUGGUUUCUACAGCUUACCAAAGCCAGGGAAACACCAGUCGCCGCUGCAUGAUGACUCUCCCCAGGAGGCCUGUUACGUGCUGCCCCGGGGGUACAGCACCGAGGCACCUGCUCACAGCGGUCUAUGUGAGCCUGAGCUGGAAAGCGAAGAGGUUUACACCUUCAAAACGCCAUGCAACACCCUCGCCACCAUGCACAACAAUGAGCGUCCAACUGACAAUUAUGACCUACCUACAACACCGGGCUCCUUCUAUCAGAUUCCCAGGACGUUUGAUAAGAAUCAUAAUGCCUUGACACCCUCCAGUUCGGAGUCCUCCUGCGCUCCUCCUCCAAGGCCACCGAAACCCAGUCAGGGGUCAGAGAGCCAAUGGGGGAGUCCACAGUCGGUAGGGAGCCAGAAUGGAGAUGUGACUGCAGUGUCAGUUAUCCCUCGGAGGAAUACUCUCCCUGCUGUUGAGAACAUUAGGCUGCAUAGAGGCUCCUCCUUUGAAACUAACAUCCAUCACCGCCCCAUCCAUUUCAAUAGCUCAGGCCAGUCUGUGGAGUCUGUCAAUGACGGGUUCAGCUCCUACCUGAGAACCAGAGCCCCUCUGACACGGUCAGACAGCGGCAACUCGGAUGACAACUAUGUGCCCAUGAAUCCUGGCUCCUCGCCACUGAGCGCUGCCCAGGCUGACAGUCCUAAGAAUAUCUACAUCCCAAUGAGCCCUGGGCCACAUCACUUUGAUUUCCCAGGAUUCUCUGCAACAUUACCUGCCCGUAAGGGGAGCAGUGCCUCCUUGUGUCACCGGCCCAGCCGCCUCAGUGAUGUCACACCACCACCUAUCAACCGUAACCUCAAACCUAACAGGAAAUCAAAGCCAACACCUCUUGAUUUGAAGAACAAUGGGAUCAUUGAUGAGCUGCCAUUUAAGAGCCCAGUCACUAUGUCCUGGACACGACCCAUGCCUGCUAUGAACUCCAUGUCCUCCCAGCAUUGUCGACCCAUCUCUACACAAAGCAUCACCAGCACUGACUCUGCAGACAGUGAAGAGAACUAUGUGGCUAUGCAGAACCCAGCGUCUACCUCCCCCGCCGUGAGUGGCACCAGCAGCCCAGCCCCUAGGAAAUGUGGCAACGUGGAUUACCUAGCGUUGGACUUCCAGCCCGGGUCACCCAGUCCACACAGAAAACCCUCAACAUCCUCUGUGACCUCUGAUGAAAAGGUAGAUUAUGUGCAAGUGGACAAAGAGAAGACCCAAGCCCUGCAGAGCACCAUGCAGGAGUGGACGGAUGUGCGGCAGUCUGCUGAACCUGCCAAGGGAGUCAAGUCCUGACACUGACCUGUUCAAACAGUGCAACAACAAAACAGAAAACAAUGACACUUUUAAGUGAAGUAUCUCUGGUAAUCAGUUUCUAUCAUUACUAUGAUUACUGGUUGGCCUUGUUUUAGAUUAAAAAAUGGACUCCAAGCCAUAAACUAUCCUAUGCCUGUUCUUGUAAUUUACCAUGCAGUCUGGUGCUAACAUGCAGAGUAUCAGGCCACAAGGGUGAAGUGCUCUGCCAAAGCUCUUCAUGCAGACUGUUAUAGCAUUAAUGGAAAAUUGAUCAAUUCCUAAUGUGUUCGAAAAUAUCAUCUUUACUCAUCAUUCCAUUCUUUGAAAAACAAAUGUUUCACGAAAGCUGUCAGAUUCACCCUCCUAACAAUUACACAUUUUGUGCAUCUAGCAAGUCAUUUGCCGCCUUGCUGCUGUUGAAAAGAGUAGCAGGGACUAACUGGUCGAUAACCAUAUUAAUAUACUGUAAGAGUACGCUUACUGGUCUCAGGACUGCCAAGAUGCACUCCAAUUUUGGCAUGCAGGCAGACUCUCUCUUUCACUUCAAUCUGUCAUUUGUGCUGAGUCUAGCAAAAGCAGUGAAGAGAUUAUUUUCACUGCGGGCAAUAAUUUCAGCUUAGCAGUGCAUGUCUGGUAAGGGAAGGGGGGGUGGGGGCAUUGCUGCCUUACAAAUACAUAAAGGCCCAUGUCAGGGGCUCUAAUGAUAACGUUACACGGUUUUCUCCACCAUUUCCAUUAAGUAUGAGUCCAAAUGAUUUAAACACUGUUAGGCUGGAUGGCAGGCCAAUUAUUUUUUAGUGUAGGUACAAAGACAGCAACGUCCAAAUGUUCAAAAUGAAGUAAACAAGACAAGAAAUGAGACGGCAUCUUGUAUCUUUUGUAGUUUUGACUGUAGUGGUCGACUCAUUUCAGGUAAUAUCUUAAUGCAUUUCAUUGUAAAUGUGCACUGAACAAGAAAACACAGUAGGAAGAAAAAAUAAUGCAGGAGGUGUCUUUUCCAUGGAGUUUUUUUUAUCGUGCCUCUGUUUUCUCUCUCUCUCUCUUUCCCCCCCAGAGACAAUAAAAACAAGCUAAGUAGAAGCAGAAUAACAUAUUUAUGUUUUCUGGAACUCAACCAUUUGCUGAUGUAUGUCUUUUGUCUUUGAUAUGCCACACACUACAACGAUGUCUCUGAGGAGUAAUUGUUUCCUGUAUGUAAAUUAUUAAUAGAAUGACAUAUUUGCAGCGCAUCUUGUUGAAUGUUAGAAAUUUGAUGCACUUGUCUAAGACAAAAAAAAAGCGCACCACAGUAAUGUAAGAUUGUGCUUUUCUCGCAAAGGCCAACUGCCACUAUGAAGAUCGACAGUGAUUAUUGUCACUUAAAAAUGAUUGAGGAUGGAAUUUGUUUUUAAUUUCCUAAAGUCUUCUUUUUGUUUCAUUUGCCUUAUAUUUCCUUUUUUUUAAAUGAGGUGUCAUUUUGCCUUGGAGAUGUUAUUCACAAUGUAACAGCCAUAUUGUAUUUAGGGAAACUGAAUGAUCAGUUUCUAAGUUCAACUUAAGUCCAGUAUUUCACUGUGGGCUGGAACCACUGAAGGGUGAAUCCCUUUGAUCUUAAUAUGAAUCGUGUGGCCAUGCAGUGCUAGAUGGUAUUAUUGAUUAUUCCAUUGAGAUUAACUUCUUAAUGUUUUUCUACCAUUUUUACAGUUUUUGUAUUCUUUUUAUCAUUAUUUUCUACUGAUAGGUGUAAGCACGAAAAAUGUACAAGGGUCGGGUCAGACUAAAUUAAGCUAAGUUUGUUACAGCGUGUGUUUUAUUUCUGUUUUAAAUUUCCAAAUAUUGAAUUUUAAGAUCUAUUCAUGAAGUGGGAAAGGCUGGCAGUUUUUGAGUUGCACUGGUAAAAGCCCUCCCAGGUGGACUGUGAUUCACAAAGAGUGAAAAAAGGAAGAAAAGACUGAAAAACGGCUGUCUCCCUGUCAGUUUGCGAAAUGAAAUGGACGUGUAAUUUAUUAUCUAGAGAGACCCGCUGUAAGCAGAAGAGCUGUGUAUGUGUUGUGGUAGAUUGUGAGUCUUAGUAUGUUAAAUGACAGCCUGACUGGGUGAGAUUGAAAACACUGCUCAGAUCUACUAUCAGACUGUCACUGGGUUGACGUACUGUACUAGUAGAUAUCAUUUUUUAUACCACUGAUAAUGCUACUACUGUAAAGCAUUUGCAGAUUGCUUGUGUGUUAAUUUAUUAAUUUAUUGUGCGUUUUUGAAGUUGAUAAUUGUUUCAAGGAAAAAAAAACCCAACAAAAACCAAAUAAGGAAACCUUCUCUCUACUAACAUUGAUGUAUGCAAACUGUCUUGAUUUUGUGGAGCAAUAUUACAAAAGAUGCCAGUGUGAUGGUAAUGUGGUACAGCUCAUUAGGGAUACACAAGAAUACAAUACUUUGUUAUUCCUGUAUAAUGGUAGACUAAAACUGUGGACAUAAAAUAAAUCAAGAAGUGAAA